AUGCCCGGACUCGGAAACAUCAGCCUGAAGGAGUGCCGUCAAAGCAAGGCAGGGAUAAAGGGGGACCUCCUGCGGACCAGCAUGCAACACUGGCUGACGUUCUGGACCCUUCCCUUCUUCCUGUUACUCCACUGCAGAUGGUUUUCCUCCAACCGGUGCCAGGGGAGCGCCCAGUUCACCUCCCACCCCAUGAAAUUGACUCUGAACUUGGAACUUCCGGCUGUCACGUGUUACGUAGACUACGCCCAGACUGUGACGUGCAUUCGGGAGAACAGCCCCAUUGAGAACGACAGCUGGAACGAUCUCAUGAUCAAAUGGAACGACACGGAUGGAGAGAUGGAGGACGAGGUCUCCUCCUGCCAACUCAACCAGUCGACACAAAACCUGACCCACACCGAGUACACGUGCUUCUUGGAUUUUUCUUUGUUUUUGGGGGAUUACAGUUUCUAUGUCAUCAACUCAGCUGGAGUCCGGACAUGCAGAAGCUUCACCAUCUCUGAGAACAUUAAGCCAUAUCCCCCUUUCAAUCUGACCGUGACCUACGAAGAUGGUUACAACAUUUCCUGGAAAUCUUUCUAUGAAGACCCCCGGUACCACCUACUGAACAAUGAGCUACACUAUGAGCUGCGAUACAAAAAAACGCAGGACCCCUGGAAGAGUCAGAAGAGGAAAAGUGUCUCCGAAGACACGAAAACAGUGCUGCUCCUGCCCAGUGAAUUCCAACGAGGGACCGAGUAUGAGGUCCAAGUGCGAGCCCAGCCCAAACCUGACACCUUCUACUCUGGGGUCUGGAGUGAGUGGAGUGACUCGCUCAUCUUCAGAACCCAGCCAGGAGAAGAGAAGACCAAGGGAGGAAUAUUUCUACUGCGGUUCAUCAUCCCGGGCCUCGUCCUGUUCCCCAUCUUUGUGUACUGGACCCGCUUGCCACAGAGGCUGUGGAAGAAGAUGUGGGUGCUGGUCCCCGACCCCGCACCUUUCUUCAAGCCCCUGUACAUGGCUCACAAAGGAGACUUUAAGAGCUGGGUGGGUAUGCCCGGUACCCUGGCCAGCCUGGAUUUCUUGGACUGGGGAGUGGUGGUCCCGGAAGUCUCCGACGAGUUCAGCAGCUGCCUCCCGCAGGGGACGAUGAAGGUGAUGGAGCUGAAAGAGACCAAACUGGGCUCCUGUCCGUACCCCGUCGGGUUCCACGACUCCGGGAGCAGCCGGGGGAAGGACAGAUCCUACGGCCUUGUGUCCAUCGACACGGUGUUGGUGACCGAUGAGGUGGAGCCCUGUGGUCUGCACUGCGGCUGUAGUCAAGGUCGGCGGGACCAGCAGCCCCACGGAGAAGAUGGGGAUGGAGACGACGGCUACCCCAGGAUGAAUCUGGAUGACCCCGGGGACGGGGAGGACGAUGAGAAGGACGAAGAAGCUGCGGGAGAAUUGCUUCUGGGCAGCCCGAAGGCAGAAGACAAAGUCAUCUCCUCAGGCCAGGUUUCUAUGGACACCGGAGAAGGCCCAGAGGCCCCGGCCCCCCAACCCCCAGGGGAUGAGCCAGGAUGGGAGGGGAAGCAAUGGGAGCAUUCUAGAAACUCUCUUGCCUGCAAGCGGCGGACGACUGGGAGCUGGAAGCCCCACCUCCCUUCCCGUCUCAGGAGGCGAGAACAUUCCUUUAGCGAAGGGCCGUACGACUUCUUCUCGUCUAGAUCCAGAGAAGACUGCCAUCCGCUCAUCUGCCUGGACAUGGACACCAUUGACAGUGGUUUUGCUGGAUCAGACUGCGGCAGCCCCGUGGAGUGUGAAUUUGAUGGAGGCAGCCAGCCCGAGACAGACGGCAGUUCAACACCGGUCACUAGCUGUAUGGAGAACGAACCCCCUAGAUGUUACGUCAAACAGUGGGUGACCUUCCCGGGGCCCGCGAAGCAGGAUACUCAGUGACCGCGUGGGCUCCUGGCCGACAGACGGAUGGUGAAACACAGAUUAAAGCUCCACCUGUCGAUA